CUUUAAGAUGUAGAUUCAUGUUUUUAUACAUUUUACAUUUGAUCAUCAUUGGACAACCUUAAAAAGUUUGAUCAUCUUGUACUGUUGUUAGCUACAUAACACACUUGGAAUUCUGCACAUGAUUUGGUCCACAAUGACUCCUCAUCUCAAGAAUGAUUCUUCUAGAAGAUAAGCUUAAGGAAGGGAUAGAUGCCAAGAUGCUGAGCUUGUCCUUGAGGGCAUCAUAUCAUUAUUCAUUCUCCAAGCUUGAGGAGUCAAGACGUUGUGAUGUCAUCACCAGAUAUCACUGUUGGUUUGGACGUGGAUAAACCAGAGGUGGUCUGUGGACAAACUUGUGUGGUGUAUGCAGUGGAGGAAGUUAUUAUGACACACCAUCUACUACAGGACUGUUCAUAAACAUUACUUGUAGGGGGGCUUUGCUUGGCUCACUGACAGAUGGUGUAGAAGAUUGCUUUGUGCUCAGUUGAGUGAAAAGUUCAGACCAGAGCAGAUUGGAGUUUGGAAACAGUCUGAUGAGGCAUGCAUUGUACUGCACUGUACAUCCACGUUUCUUUAUCUUAUACCUUUGUUUGGAGUUUGUUGGGAAUUAUUUUGUUCUUUGAUGAGAAUAGCUGAUUAUUCAUGUCGGUUGCACAAAUUCUUCAAUUCUAUCAGGCAGAUCCUCGAACCCAGGGAUACAGAAUGAUGCAAGCCGGUCCAGCAGGUGGGGGUGCAGCGCCGAACGACAUUCCCCCAAUCCAAGCCCUCUACCUGGCAGCAGCCAGCCAGCUCCAGCCCCCUAUCACCGUAUCUGCCAAGGAAGAGGACGAUGUGGAUGACAGCUUACCGCCAAGUGGAAAAGAUUGCUUCGGUGACGAGCGACACACUUUAGGGGACAUGGCCCGUUUCUUCAACAGUGGUCUACUGAGUGAUAUUAAGCUCAGGGUUGGGUUUGAGUGUUACAGCGCUCAUAAACUCAUCUUAGUACGAUCCAGUGAGGUGUUUGAGAGAAUGUUCAGCAAGGAGUGGACAGAUCCCAGUAAAGCAGAAGUUGAGUUAAUAGAGGAGCCAGAAUGCUGUGAUGUCUUUCCAGCCUUUCUCAAGUUUCUAUACAGCUGUCACAUUGUUCUUACUGUUGAGAACACCCUCCCCAUCCUCAUGCUUGCAGAUAAGUACAACGUAGGUGACCUGCGCCAGGUGUGCGUCAACUUUGCCACCAAAAGUAUCAUCCCAAAGCUACCACUGAAGGAUGUGUUUCAUGUGUGGUAUCAGUAUGCCACAAAAUGCUACCACCACUGUUUGAUCUCGUCUUGUAUUGCAGCUCUCUCACCUAAAGCUGAUGACAUAAUGUCCCUACCUGAGUGGAACCUAGAGUGGUUGGCCCUUGACACAGAGCAGUUGAUUCAGUUCUUGAAGAGCUCAGAUCUGACCAUCAGGAAUGAGUUGACUUUGUUCAGAGCUCUCGUCAAGUGGAUAGAAUCUCCAAAACACCCUGAACGACAGAGUAAGCAGAAGGAGUUUCUCCAACAGAUGAUCAGUUACAUCCGCUUCCCGAUGAUGACUUCGGAGCAGUUGGAGCAACUUGAGCAUCAUCGCAUGGUAGAGCUCCAUCCUGGUCUGUUCAUCCCUUACCUGUUGCAGGCCUACAAGUACAAUGCCAUCUCCCUGGAGGCCCGAUGCAACAACAAAGAUUUCACAGCCUCAAACUUUCUACUGCGGAAUUACACUGACCUACGCUGGGACAAACGUAUCGUUCUAUCUGGAUACUCGUGCUUUGGGAGACUCACUGAAUUCAUGCCGCGGUUUUCAACACGAUCAUCUUCAUACCCACACACCAGCUGGGACUGGGAGUUGAAGAUUUACCCCAAGGGUUCGUCCACAAAUAAUGAGGACUUCCGAGUGGUUCUCUACUCAAAUGUUGUCUUGGAUUUGCCGCGGCCAAUGGAAUACAUGAUCUCAAUGGUGAAUAGUGAAAAUGUGCUGGUAUCCGUCUCAGGAAAAAAGAACUUUACAAAAUCACGAUACACAGCCGACUCGGAUCUGGAUAAAAAAGUAUCGGUGGACGAGUUGUCAGCACCGAACUCUCGCUUCCUGGUGAAUGAUAACGCCAUCCUACAGGUCAUGAUCAAACCAUUACAGUGACGGAUUUACUCCGGAAAAGAAAAGCUUACAUCUACAGAGAACAAAAUGAGCCAAAUCAACAGAUAACCAAAGUACAUUUGAGGCAUUUACAAAGUGUCAGUUUAUAAUCUUCCUUCAUUGUUGGAAGUUCAGUGUUGUUAAAACUGUCUUUAAAGUUGAUGAGGUUCAUAACCCUGGCCUUCACUCAGACUGUUUAAGAAGUGUUGCCAAAAUUUUUGCCGGGCAGUAGUGCAAGUGAACAAAUAGAUUUAACCAUUUAAAAUGGACAAUUAUUGUGCAAGAUUGUACUGCUCAUCUGCAUGAAGCUAUUUAUAUAAAGUGACCAAAGUUUCAUUGACACUAAUUGUGUGAUGUCUGGAAGUGAUGAGAGGUCAAAGUUCAACUAACAGAACAAUCAAAACAACAUGUGGUUUUUCAGACUGUAGCAUCACAUCUUGCCAAAGGAAUCUUUCAUACCCUUGAGACGGUUGAUAAUCAUGAUUGAAGUGAACGAACUAUGAGUUGAUCAUGUGGAGACUUUGAAUGAGCACGGCUUCUUCAAGUGUUUUGUGUGUGUCCAUUGUUGAGCCUUUCACAAAACUCAGGAAAUUUGUGUGAAGGAAAAGUGGAUAGUGUGAAAAGCAUGAGAUGCCCUGUUGCAUGUUGACAGCUUAAUAUAGGCCUAGUGUUCUAUUUUUGUAUUUUGAAGUUAGGAGUAUUCAAGCAUUGUUUGUUGUCAUUUUGUCACAAUAUCCAAAACCAGUGCAGUAUAAUAAUAGUAAUGCGCGGUUUAAAUGCUUUAUCAUACCAUUGGGUAACUCAAAGCACUCUUUUCUUUUUUAUUACAAGACCCAUUUAAUUACUAAGCACCUUGUAUUUGCAAGGUUUGCUUGGUUUACAACUUGUUAUAUGUAACGCAAUCUGCAGCCAACCAUGUCAAAACACACUGGGUUGAACCCCUUCUCAUCAAUAAGUGUACAGUUUAAAUAGACAACUCAUGGGACCUACGGCUUUAUGUCCCAAAGGAAGAUGCAAUUAAAUGGUUAAGUGUCUUCCUUAAGGGUCAAUACGGGACUUGAACCUGCACUCAACAGAUCAGAAACUCAAGAGUUUGAGUCCAGGGGUUAAUUUCACAAAGCAAUAAAAGUUCAUCGCAAGACAAAUUUCCAGUAUUGCCAUAGUAAUUUGUAUUGUGACAUCACACUUUACUUAGCAACUAUGAUUGAUUUGCAGUUAAAAUCCAUCUCAGCUCUUUGUGGAAUCGGCCCUCGUGUGAUUGACGGUCAGGCCCCGACACCCCCAUAAAGAAGUUGUUCAAUGUUUGUUAACAACACUAAGCGAAAGAAUGGUACAAGGUCUAGAACAUUAAUUUAAAACCGUUAGGGUCGUGGCCUUGUGCCAUGGCUGUAGGAUAAAGGAAUGCGAUAAAGGACAGAGCCAAAGGCUCAAAGGCUCCAUCCUUUAUCACACAGCUAUGACCCUGCAUGGUUUUAAACGAAUGUUUAAGACAGAGUCACCACUUUUUAUUCCCAUUCAUAAAUGCCCUUUUUGUUAAAAGCGUAACAAUGUUAAAAACUCUAUCGAAAAUUUAUUGUAAAUUUUCAGUUCUUGUCACGAUCUCAUACUCCAUUUUGCGAAGUGUCAAAAUGCAUGCAACGGUCAACCGCUCUGCGCGCGCACUUAUAACAUUAAUUACUGGUGUAUUUAUUGAAUUACGCGUAAAUUAGCGCCAAGCAUAAAGCUUGGGCGCCACGCCUAUGUUUAAAUACUUCUAACCGUGUUUGUAUCACAUGUUUGUAAUUCCGUAAAUAACAUAAAACAAGUGGAAUCAAAAUAUAGUUUUUUCAAAGUACCUGCGUAGGCCCACACUUAAAAUAACAUUAAUCCUUUCAUCACCAAUCCCAGAGUGCAACAAAACAACAUGGCCUCAAAUCUUACUACUCUAUCUCAGGCGUGUAAUUUUAUUCUCGAAAGGGCAAGGCCAUUUUCAGUUUGCAAAGGUACAUUGGAAAAGUUGAAAGUCAGUUGGAAACCUUUGAAAGGGCACCAAGGCCAAGACAAGGGGCACUGGAGGCCACUUGGCCUCCGUGGCCUGCAUGCAUUUCCAGGCCUGAUAUCAAUCAACAUAUCAGUUUGCAAAGGGGGGCACUAUCAUUGGAAAAUCUUAAAGUCAGUGGGAAAUCUUUGAAGGGGCACCAAGGCCUGAUAUCAAUAAACACAUCAUAGAUUGAAGGUGUGUCACCAGAGUUUUCUUGAGUUAUUCAGUUCAUUAUUCCCCUACCACAGCCAUCUUUGUUAUAACCAGUAAGUGCAAUUUCAGUAGUAAGCUACAGUAAAGUAUAAUAUCCUAUAUAUUUAUAAAAAUAAACAUUAGUGAGCUUAAUUUGUUGGCCUAGUCUCAUAGAGUAGGCUACACUUUCAAUUUGCCAUUUAUAAGUUAAGUAUUUCCUCAACUGUAACUUAAAACAUCCAUUUUGCAUGUAGAUGAAAUCAUUCACUUUUGCGAUACUUGUCUUUUAAACUCUGUAUUCAGCAAAAAAAAAUUUGUUUAAGCUAUGUUAUCUUUAUGAACCCUUUGGCCCUUUUUAAAUAUCAUAUUUAAGUCAAAACUAUUUAUUGAAGGUAGGUUCUAAUAUUGGUUAUUGUUAAUUGGCUUGAAAUUUAUCACGUACAAUCACGUUGGAAUAUGUAGUAAAAUUAGAACUAUGACUGCAAUUUCUUACAGGUAUUGGAACAUAAUUGUAAUAAUCGAUUUGUCUGUGUGGAGUAGUUUUAUUUGGCAGUUGCCCAGGUAUUGCCCAAUGAACAUAAAUUAUUUGAUAUCUUUUUAUAUUUCAUUGAUUCAUCUCAAUCUAGAAAUAAAUACGUGUGUGUUUUUUCUUUCCAUUGGAGCAAAAUUAUAUGAAAUUGUAAAAACAUUUAAACAUUUUGCUAGCAUAAAUAGUUUAUUUUUUGCAAGAUAACUGAGGUUUGAUGCAAGAAAGCUGGCUGGCAUCAUGAGUAGCAAUAACAAGAGUCUUAAAGUUGUGGUAAACUUUGCUUCUAGUCGACUCAUAAAUUGGUUAGAAAUAGAAAGCCUGUUUAUUGGCAAUAUAAAAACAAUUUACCUACCGGUUAUUUUUUUUUUUUUUGAGAACAGGAUGAACACCCCCACUCCCAUUAUAGCACUCUGCACUAAUGCUAAAAAUAGAAGCUGGGUUUUAGACAGUACGGUGUACAUGUCAAAUUUCACUAUGAACAUUGUGCCCAUACAGUUCAAGUUUUAUGUUUACUCAUAUAUGUACCGCUUGUGCAGUUUGACUCGUGGAUGCUGUUGUGAUCAAGUAAGUUGUAGAGUUGUCUGACAGGAGGGUAGCAAAAGUGACAUUGUUAGACUGCGCUACUUUGAUUUGUGAGUUGUUGAACCAGAGUCGUGCAACCAAAAAGUAGUCAAAAAUAAUGGUGGUAAUGCACAACAUUGAAAGAAUAACAGGACCAGUCUACCAUUUUUUCUGAAUAACUUUUUGUGUCUUUACUUCAUUAUAGAUGGGAUGCAAUACGCGUCAUCGACCGCCAUCUUUGAUGUAUAAACAAGGGAAAAGUGUACGUGCUGCGCGUGACCUCAGCCAAUGGUAGCUCUUCAUGCGUGCACAAUUCAUCAAAUAUGGCAGCCAGUGACGCCUAUUGCAAUCCAUCUAUAGUUAUAUUUAUGGGGGGCGGGGGGUAGUUCUUGUGUAUCUUUAUUCAGAUACAGUGCCUCUAGAUAUUGAUUCUUAUUGGUGCUGAUGGGCUUUGUUGCUAUGGCAAAUGUAAUAAACAGCAAAUGUAAUAAAUAGCUAACUUAUUGAAUGCAAAGAG